UCUCUCUCCAUCUCUCUCUGUCUCUCAUCCUGUGGGGCUGUUACUGGGAGCUUUCACCUCUGCCUCUCCUCUUUUUUUCCAUCAGCAGUUUUGCCAUUCUCCCUAUCACUAUCUUCUCUUUCUGUUCUCUCUUUCUUUCUCUCUCUCUCUUUUUUUUACUCCAUUCACUUCUUCGUUGCCCAUCCCUCCUUCAUCUCCCAUCCCUCCCCAUUCCCUUUUCUCCCCAUCCAUCCUUCUACAUCCCUCCAGUCCUUUUCCGUCCUCCACUUUCCACCUCUUCUCUCAUUCAUUGCAUGAUCCACUGGUUUCCUCUUCCUCAUCCAUCUUUCUGCUGCCUCCAGCUCCCGUAUCUUUCUUGCCUGCUUUUAAUUGCCUCUUCCCUCUGGUUCUUUCCUACCCCUCCCUCUUGAAGACCCUUGCGGGGUUUUUUUUGUGGGUUAAGUUGCUGGGGCUUCCCCCAGGUGGCACCAUGGCGCUGCUGAGCUCCCCAACGGAGACUGAAUGCUUGACUAAGCCGCUUUUCUGCCGCAAGGGGGCGCUACGCCAGAAGGUCAUCCACGAGGUGAAGAGCCACAAGUUCACUGCUCGCUUCUUCAAGCAACCCACCUUCUGCAGCCAUUGCACAGACUUUAUCUGGGGGAUUGGAAAGCAGGGGCUCCAGUGCUUAGUGUGCAGCUUUGUCUUACACAAGAGAUGUCAUGAAUUUGUCACUUUUGAGUGCCCAGGAGCUGGGAAAGGACCCCAGACAGAUGAUCCUCGGAGCAAGCACAAGUUCAAAAUUCACAGCUACAGCAGCCCAACCUUCUGUGAUCACUGCGGCUCACUCCUCUAUGGGCUGGUGCACCAGGGGAUGAAAUGCACCUGCUGUGAAAUGAAUGUACACAAGCGCUGCGUCCACUGUGUGCCCAGCUUGUGCGGUGUGGACCACACAGAACGCAGAGGACGCCUGCAGCUCCACAUUGAGACAUUUGGGAGUGACGAGAUCCAUGUGACUGUUGGUGAAGCCCUUAACCUGAUCCCGAUGGAUCCCAAUGGCCUCUCGGACCCCUAUGUGAAACUCAAGCUGAUCCCUGACCCUAAGAACCUAACAAAGCAAAAGACUCGGACCGUUAGAUCCACCCUCAACCCAGUGUGGAAUGAAACCUUCACUUUCAUGCUGCAGCCGGGGGACAUGGAGCGGCGCCUCUCCAUCGAGGUGUGGGACUGGGACCGGACCACCCGCAAUGAUUUCAUGGGAGCCAUGUCCUUUGGGGUGUCUGAGCUUUUCAAGGGUCCUCUGGAAGGCUGGUACAAAUUGCUCAAUCAGGAGGAGGGCGAAUAUUAUAGUGUCCCUGUGGCCGAUGCAGAAAACUGUGGGCUGCUGCAGAAAUUUGAGGCUUGCAACUUCCCAUUGGAGCUCUAUGAGAAGGUUCGCCACGGCCCAAUCCCAUCACCAUCCCCCAGCCCCACAGACCCCAAGCGUGGUGGGUUCUUUGGCAUUAACCGCUUCCACAUCUCCGACUUCAACUUCCUGAUGGUGCUGGGCAAGGGCAGUUUUGGCAAGGUGAUGCUGGCAGAGCGCCGUGGAACGGACGAGUUGUUUGCCAUCAAGAUCCUCAAGAAAGACGUGAUCAUCCAAGAUGACGACGUUGAAUGUACUAUGGUGGAAAAGAGAGUUUUGGCCAUGGGGGAGCGCCCACAUUUCCUAACCCAACUGCACUCUACCUUCCAAACCGCAGACCGGCUCUAUUUUGUCAUGGAGUAUGUCAAUGGAGGAGACCUGAUGUAUCAUAUCCAGCAGGUUGGGAAAUUCAAGGAACCUCAUGCUAUGUUUUAUGCUGCAGAAAUUGCAAUUGGCCUGUUCUUUUUGCAUAACAAAGGAAUUAUUUACAGGGAUCUGAAACUGGACAAUGUAAUGUUGGAUGCUGAUGGUCACAUUAAGAUUACUGACUUUGGGAUGUGUAAAGAAAACAUUUUUCCUGGCAUCACCACACGGACCUUUUGUGGAACACCGGACUACAUCGCUCCAGAGAUUAUUGCCUAUCAGCCAUACGGGAAGUCAGUGGACUGGUGGUCAUUUGGUGUCCUUCUGUAUGAAAUGUUAGCUGGGCAGCCACCAUUUGAUGGAGAGGACGAGGACGAACUCUUCCAGUCGAUCAUGGAGCACACGGUGUCCUAUCCCAAAUCUCUUUCGCGUGAGGCUGUCUCCAUCUGCAAAGGGUUCUUGACCAAGCAUCCACUGAAGCGCCUGGGCUCAGGACCAGAAGGGGAACGGGAUAUCCGGGAGCACGGCUUUUUCCGCUGGAUGGACUGGGAGAGGCUGGAGCAGCUGGAAAUCCCCCCGCCAUUCAUCCCCCGUCCAUGCGGCCGGAGCGGCGAAAACUUUGACAAGUUUUUCACACGGGCACCUCCAGCGCUGACACCCCCAGACCAGCUGGUCCUCGCAAGCAUUGAUCAGAGCGAGUUCCAGGGUUUCACCUACAUCAACCCUGAGUUUGUGCACCCGUCCACGUUGCGGCAGGGGAGCCUCUCCCCAACAGCCCUGCCCCUCUCUCCGACCAGCAUGCCCCUCUCUCCGACCAGCAUGCCCCUCUCUCCAACCAGCAUGCCCCUCUCUCCGACCGGGAUGAUCCCUCCCCCAACCUCCCUGGUGUGAGAGUGUCUCCCGGAUGACUCUUGACCCUAAGAACCCCAAUUCAAGCCUCGCCCUUAGAAUUCUGCUCCCGGGAGCAUGACUCCUGCUCAGAGCCCAGCCCUAUAAACCCUACGCUUGACCUUAUGACCCCUGCCUCCCCUAGAAAACACUCUUUUUUUUUGUUAAUUGUCUCCAGUGAGUUGCUUCCCUCCUUCCUUACCUCCACUAGGUGAAACCCAGAUCAGUGAGGUUAAGAAAGCACACAUAUAUCUAUAGAGGGACUUUUAAACUCCACCGCCCCAAUGAAAUAGGAAUAUUCCCUAGGUCAAGGCUAAUCUUUUUUGAGCAUCACCCAAUUAAAUGGAGUUUGCGUUGGCACAAAGAGAAAACUGCCAGGCGUUUCUGUAAAAAUGGCCCUUUCAGUACUGUGUUUACAAGGUUUUUCCUCCUAUAAUCAGAGCGGUGGAUAGCUUUCACACCAUCAGAAAUUCCUCUAAAUUGGCCAAAACAUGGGAUGGCCUAAGCAGGCAAGGGGGCAAUAGACAGGACUGCACGCACUUUGUGACAAAACGAUGGAAAUUGUGGCUGAAAUCUGCCCAGAAGACAUGCCCUCUGCCCUAAAUCCAGGUUGGCCACAUGGCUGCAAAGUUCUGACAAAUGGGUUGAGUAGGCAGUGAAAUGAAGGUGUGUUGCAAACACAGAGAUCCAAACAGGAAGCAGUCGUGCAAGUCCUUAGCUCAACGUGUAUUUUUUUUUCAUCCCUUACAAAAGGCCAUGCGAUUAUUUAUUUAUUUAUUUGGCCCCUGCAGAUUUUUCUUUGAUGAGUUUUGUUUCUCUAAUGGAUAAGGGGAAUGCAGCGGGCAUAAUUAUACUCUGGAAUCGAAGAAGCAACCAUAAGGUGAGCAUGUGAUCGCUGACCAAAAUAGCAGCCUUUUGAAGAAUUAUUAUUCCAUGUGUUGCUUUGCACUAAAGUGGGGUGGGGGUGGGGGAGGAGAGCCCACCCUUUCACUGCUGUCUGUCCUGAUCAUGCAUUCUAAAGGAUGUGCUUUCCUUCACAGGGCCAUGGCUGAGUGGUAGAGCAAAGGCCAUGGGUUCAAUUUCUAGCUUCUCUAGGGCUGUGAAAUUUUCCCAGUCUGAAAACCCUAAGGAGAGCCACUGCCAGUCAGUGCAGACAGGACAAAAGCUAGAUUGGCCCAGCGGUCUGACUCAGUAUAUGGCAGCUUCCUCAGUCCCUACGUACAGGCUUAAAAUACGAAGGGAUGCCUAAUCUACAUUUUAAUGAUCCUGUGUAUCUGUUUGCCCUGGAAGUAGUUUUUAAAUUUGGGGAAAUGUCAGGAAGCACCACCUUCCUUCCCUCUCUCCCCCUGCCUCCCCUGCUGAUUGACUGCUCAGAUAAUUUCCGAAAACCCUUCCAGUCUUCGCCCCUUGCCCUGUUCCCAGAUCCUAGUCCUAAAUUUCAUCCCCGGGGUGCUUUCCUUACCUGCUACAGUGUGACGACGUAACCUUGAACUCGAUAGAUCUUACCCAAACUAGUUGGAGCCCUUCGAUUUCACGCAUAGCUAGGAUGCCUGCCUGCACAAAAAGAGUGUAGAAUCCCAAAUAGGCCCUUCCUCUACACCCCCUAACCUCACUCUUUGUGACACAGUUCUGCCCUUGUUGAGCCCCGAUGGCUCGGUCCUCCAUCACCCCCGGCCCCCAGCACUGACACCUUUGCCUUGCUUCCUUCAACAUGGCUGCUUGCAUCUCCCACUCAAGCUGUUGAA